AUGAACGCUUUUAAGGACACGAUUUUUUUGUUUAUUUGUUAAGAUGACAGAUAUCUCUUUAAAAAUGAAUCAAAUGCAGAACAACUUUGUUAGUUGUUAAUAUUAUGUUAGAUAACUUUGAAAGACAAACCGAUCCUGCUUUAUAUGAAGUUUCUCAUUAAACACAAAGGUUUCGUUAGGUCACAUGCCAGUAAGCCAUGGCAUUAUUGCAACAAUCGGCAUGCGUAAGCCUUUAUUUAAUGAAUUAACUAGGAUUAAAAACUUCCUACAAUGAUAUCAUUGAUAACAAUCAUUAAAACAGAUACACGUGAGUAGACGCUGAGUAACUAUCAUAAUGUCUAUUUUAAGAUCUAUGGAUUUUUACCACACAGCUGUUAUCACAUGUAUACAUAUAUACAAUAAACGCUGAUACCAGUCAUUUGUCGCCUUCACGUUAAUCUGCUGCUCAUUGCAUAAGACCGUCCAGCAGAAUUCUAAAUAUAGAUUGGGGAAAUCCUGUCCAUGUGCUCCCGGAUUAGGAGAGGUGGUAGUUGACAAACAAGGCUAGCUAGUUGUUCCUCGUCGCCAUUGUACUGUGUCUAGAGUCCAUCCAGAGUAAAGGUUCGCCAAGCGUUCCUCGUGGCCCGGGUAUAGUUUACAGCUUCAUGAGAUGGCCCCCAUAUUGAGUGUUUCGUAGUGCUUCACAAAAACUGUUUGUAGGACCAGAAAGAAGUGACACAUCGCAUAGUGUUUUACGAACUGUUUAGGACUAUACGUAAGUGAAACUUUCAACCAGGGGAUUCCCCACUCUGAUGACGGGUAGGAUGUUCAGGUGAAUUGUCCAGGAUGUUGUGUUCCCAGCCCGGGGACAAUGACGUUGGCUCUGUGGAGCCGAGAGUUGAAAAUACGGCACAAUCCCGUCAGCAGUCCAGUACAGGUGCCCCUCCUAUAUCCCCUCAAACAUCUAACGAACCAAUAGUAGGCCGCGACACAAACAGCAGCUACAGCUUCACCCACAGCAAGCGCGGCUACGCCGUCCUCAUCAUGAACCACGAGUUCGCAAACGAGGACGAGAAUUUACCCGGGGUGAAACACGAUAUUGACAGCAUGUCCAGAUUAUUCACAUCGAUGGAUUUUGAAGUUAGACAACUCAUAAACCUUACAGGUGACCAGCUUGUUUCAGAUCUUUGGGAUAUCCAGACUCAGAUAUCGAGUGACUGUGACUGUUUUGUCUGCGUCAUCAGCACACACGGAGGGGAGGAUCCCGGGUUUUACGCCAAUUCCCCUCAGGAGCCAGGAUACACUAAGACAGAACAUUAUGUCUUGAAUAAUGAGGGCGCACUUUGGACCCGACACAUCAUGGACAUGUUUAACGACCAACACUGUAAGGCUCUCAGGGGGAAACCUCGACUGUUCUUUGUUCAGGCCUGUAGAGGAAAUGACGUCGAUAAAGGCGUUUAUUUGAAUGAGAAUACCGAAAAUUUUGAAUCAAAUAAAGAUCAAAGUGAGGAUAUUUCUUUGAACCAAGAUGUGUUCCAAAUUCCUUGUUAUAACGACUUCCUAGUCAUGUUUUCAUCCACCUCAGGUAAAUAUGCAUGGUCGGAAGAUUUAGAGGGUGGGUGGCUGCUGUCAGCUAUAGACCAAGUGUUUUCUUCCGGUUCCGCCGGUGACGAUCUACUUUCACUUUUGACACAAGUUUGCGGAGAGGUGGCGUCCAGAGAAGCGUUUAUUCCAAACAACGAAAGAGCUCAUUGCUCAAAGAGCACCGCCUGUGUAUAUCAUAAACUGAGCAAAGAUAUAUAUUUCCCUUCAUCCAAGACUAAAUAUAGUGACGUCGAUUGUUGAAACAAACCAGGCCGACAUCGCGCGCAACAUGUCUCGUACUUAUGUGAACUCAAAAGAGACUGCUUAAGAAAUAGAUGUAAUGAAGCACUAGAAUGAUUAUUCUAUCAUGCCGUAUUUUGUAUUAUUACACUUGAAAAAUUGUCUGCUUCAGUCUUCCUAAAAAUACAACGAAAUUUGAUUCUUUUUUC